UUUUGUCCCGGCUGGAGUCGGAGUCACCUUUGAGCUGCAGCACGGCCAUGUGGGGGGUGGGGGGCCAGGGGGUGCUCCCGGCGUUGCUCCUGCUUCCAGGGCUCUGCGCGGGGUUCAACCUCGACGUGGAGAACCCGCGGGUGUUCCGGGGCCCCCCCGAGUCCCAGUUCGGGUACCGGGUGCUGCAGCGGGGGGGCGACGGCGACAGAGGGCUGCUGGUGGGGGCCCCGUGGGAUGGGGACGGUCAAGGCGACGUCUACAAGUGCGGCGUGGGACCCCAAAACUCCUCCUGCGCCAAGGCCAACCUCGGGGACACAGCGCCGUGGCUCCGCGGCAGCGCCGGACACCUCGGGAUGACCCUGGUGGGCUCCAAGGACGGCGGGUUCGUGGCGUGUGCCCCGCUUUGGUCCCAGGAAUGCGGCACCUCCGUGUUCAGCUCCGGCCGCUGCGUCCGCCUGGACGAGGAGCUGCGGCUCGUGGGGACGGUCGCGCCCACGGCACAGCGCUGCUCCACCUACAUGGACAUCGUCCUGGUGCUGGACGGCUCCAACAGCAUCUAUCCCUGGGAGGAGGUGCAGGAAUUCCUCGGGAACAUCCUGGGGCGCUUCUUCAUCGGCCCCGGGCAGACCCAGGUGGGGGUUCUGCAGUACGGGGAGGAGGUGGUGCAGGAGUGGGCGCUGGGGCAGCACCCCACGGCCCAGGCCCUGCUCGAGGCCGCCCGGAACCUGACGCGGCAGGAGGGGAGGGAGACGCGCACGGCCAUGGCCAUCCGGGAGGCCUGCGCCGAGUCCUUCAGCGCCGAGCGGGGCGGGCGCCCGGGGGCCGCGCGGCUGCUGCUGGUGGUGACGGACGGGGAGUCCCACGACGGGGAGGAGCUGCCGGCGGCGCUGGCCGAGUGCGAGCGGCGCAACAUCACCCGCUACGCCAUCGCCGUCCUGGGGCACUACCUGCGGCGGCAGCAGGAUCCCGAGGAUUUCAUCCGGGAGAUCAAGUUCAUCGCCAGCGACCCCGACGAGAAGUACUUCUUCAACGUCACCGACGAGGCCGCCCUCAACGACAUCGUGGACGCGCUGGGAGAUCGGAUCUUCAGCCUCGAAGGCACCCGUGAGGACAACGAGAGCGCCUUCGAGCUGGAGAUGUCCCAGAUCGGCUUCUCCAUCCACCUCCUCGAGGACGGGAUCCUCUUUGGAAUGGUGGGAGCCUACGACUGGGAGGGGGGCGUGCUGGAGGAGAGCCGGCGAGGGCGCAUCAUCCCACCCCGGGAAGCAUUCCAGGGGGAAUUCCCGCUGGAGCUGAAGAACCACGCGGCGUAUCUCGGUUACUCGGUGUCCUCGCUGCGGCUGCCGGGGGGGCAGCGCCUGUUGGUGGCUGGAGCCCCCCGAUUCCAGCACAAGGGCAAAGUCCUCCUGUUCCAGCUGGACCCCGCGGGCACCGUCACGGUGACCCAGACGCUGAUGGGGGAGCAGAUCGGCUCCUACUUCGGCAGCGAGGUGCUGGCCCUGGACCUGGAGGGGGACGGGGCCACCGACCUGCUGCUGGUGGCAGCGCCCACCUACCUGGGGGGCCAGAGCAGGGAGGCGGGGAAGGUCUACCUGUACCGCGUGGGGCAGGUCAGGGGGGGCACGGCAGGG